AUGGCCGAAGCCAUCCCCGCCAGUUUGCGCCAAGCGGACAUCACGAGGUUUAUCAACCGCGCAAACCAGCUUCGCUCCGUCAAGCCAGCCGUGACCUACUGGUGCGAGUACUGGGUGGUCAAUCAGAUUCUCGCGAAACAGCUGCACAACACCGACGAUGAUUCCCUCGCCUACACCAUGAACCUCAUGGACCAGCUUGAGAAGACCAAGACGGAACGGCCUGACGACGAGGACAUUAUGGAUGAUGCCGUCGGCCAGGCCGUCGUCGAGCAGUUUGCGCAGCAAACGUUUGGUCGCGCCGAGCGCGUCAUGAACGCCAAUAAAGUGACUCGUCAAACUGCCGAUACGUUUGACGCUGCUGCGACAUUCUUCCAGCUCCUCAACAUCUGGGGACAGCCAGAUGCCGAGACCCAGAAGAAGAUAAAGUUCGCACGAUGGAACGCAGCGCGCAUCCUCAAGGCCGUCAGAGAGGGCAACGAUCCCAACGAGUCGAACCCCGCAGUUGAGCAGCCAGAGGCCGAGGUCGCCCUUCCAAGCCUCGACCCGAACGAUCCUGAUGUUCAACUCUUGACCGGCAACGACUCGUCAGCUUCAGCGCCGAGAGCUGCCACGGUCGAGGACGACCCUGAUGCCGAGUUCUACAAGCAGCAGAGUGCUGCCCCUUCGGCCGCCAAUGUCCCCAUUCCGAAGUCGCCCAACGAGGUCGAGCUGCCGCCGUCGGCCGUGCUAGGAAUCAACGGAUUUACGACAGAAAAAAACUGA